AUGCAGAAGUUGAAUAAUAAUGCGGGGAUUAUAGUGUUUGCUGGAUUCUAUGGAUUCUGUUCUGGAGCGAUCAUUUCUGGAAUGGCUGUUUGUCUUGCGCAGAUCACGCCGGAUGCGAGGGAGAUCGGGACGUACAUGGGGAUGGGAAUGGCUGUUGUUGCAAUCGCUGCACUUAUUGGACCGCCGAUUGAUGGAGCUCUUGCCAAGCAGUAUGGUGGGUUCGAUGAAGUUGCGUUUUUCAGUGGUGUUAUGGUUCUUGUUGGUGGAUUUGGCAUCCUGGUGGUGAAAUUCUUCAACCCCAAGGGGAUUUCGAGCAAGGCAUGA